GUGCAAAUGACUUAGUGGCGUAUAAUGUCAUGUGAGGAGAAGAUCGCGUGACACCAUGGUGAUACGGUGCUUAUUGCUCGUGCUUUUGUGUGCGAUACCGCACAUAAUAUGUGGUCACCGGCAUGGACACGACAUAUCGACUGAGGACCCGGAGACCAUUGAGCAGCAUCACGAUAACAACACGCAUCAUGGCAAGGACCGCGGCGGCUGGUCACAAUGGAGCGAGUGGUCGCUCUGUUCCAGGACGUGCGACGGUGGCGUGUCGCGUCAGCUCAGGACCUGUGCCUCCCCGGCCGGGUGUAGAGGAGAACCCGUGCGGUACAAGAUUUGUAACAUGCAGCCAUGUCGCGGCAACAUAUCCCUACUAGAAGAGGACAUCUGGCGGGAACAGCAAUGCGGCGCCCACGACGACACCCCCUAUGGAGGGGAGUUGUUCCACUGGCGAGCGCACCGCGAUGAUGCGGAGCCUUGCGCUCUCACGUGUCGGGGGACUCCGCAACACUCGGGCCAGAGUCCUGAACCGACGGUAGCCCUGGAUGACGAGGAUCGCGUGGUGGUGGCGGUGCUCGCAGCCAGGGUUUCUGACGGCACCAGGUGUCGCCCCGGCAGUCUAGAUAUGUGCAUCGAUGGGAGAUGUCAGCGAGUCGGCUGCGACCUGCGAGUGGGGUCAACCCGUCGCGUGGACGAGUGUGGGGUCUGUGGUGGUGAUGGAUCAUCCUGCUCCAGACCCCGGUACCAUUGGCUGGCGACGCCGGGGUCACUGUGUUCCGCUACUUGCGGGGGAGGUUACAAAAUGUCACUCGCAGUCUGCCGGGAUCGGCUCACCGGGUCGGAUGCGCCUGAGCAACUGUGUGACGCAUCUAGCAAGCCACAAGCAUCUGUGGUGCGGUGUAACACCCACCCUUGUCCUUUCAAAUGGUACGUGGGCGAGUGGUCGUCGUGCAGCGCGACGUGCGGAGGCGGCGUGCGCACGCGCCGGGUGCUCUGCGCGCGCUCCGCCAACGUCACCAAGACUGAUACUUAUGAACCUGGUGCAAACGCCGAGCCAGGGUGCGUGUCCCCCGCCCCGCGGUCAACGCAACCCUGCAAUCAACACGACUGUCCUGUCUGGGUGGCUGGGCCAUGGUCAGGGUGUUCAGUCUCCUGUGGCGAAGGAGUGCAAGUCCGAGGAGUUGAGUGCACCCCUUCAGGAGGUGGGUGUGAUCCUACCACCAGGCCGGAAAUCUCCAGACCCUGUUCCACCGGCAUCAGCUGUCCAGCUUAUAGGGAGGCUGAUGAGCCUGAGGAUGAAAUCGAAGACCUGCUACCCGGCGUGGUGUAUCACACCCAGCCUCUUAUACAGCCGUAUCCUCUGCCUCAAGCCAAGGCCGAGAGGCUCAUAGGAGAACCCGACGUGCCAGUGGAAGCCACCUACAUCAAAGACGAUGACUGGGGUCCCUGCAGCGUGACCUGCGGCGAAGGUUGGAGAAAGAAGGAAGUCCACUGCAAAAUCUUCCUCGAAUUCAGCAGAACUAUUGCAAAGUUACCUGACAGCAAGUGCUUGGGACCCAAACCUGCCGAGGAUACGGAGAGAUGCGUCAUGGAACCGUGUUCUAUGGCCUAUGGAACUUCUUUUGGAGAUUCCAGUGUGCCUUCUUAUGGUGGUGGUGAUAGCAGACUACUCACUUUUGGAACUUCGAGUAACAUCAGGGUAGCACCAGGGUCACCAGGAAAAUCCUAUUCUUGGAAAGAAAAGGGCUAUACAAGCUGCAGUGCCUCUUGUCUCAGUGGAGUUCAGGAACUGAUCAUCCAGUGUGUAAGAGAUGAAGAUGGAAAGAACGCCUCGCCUUACAUGUGUGACCCCCUCACCAAACCUGAGAACAGGGUCAGGACCUGCAACGAUCAUCCUUGCCCACCCAGGUGGAACUAUACGGAGUUCUCGCAGUGCACCAAGUCUUGCGGCAUCGGGAUACAAACGAGAGAGGUCACUUGUAUACACGAGGUGACACGAGGUGGCACAAACACAGUGGUGGUACCGAACAGCAUGUGUCCACAACCGCCCCCGCCGGACCGGCAGUACUGCAAUGUGCUGGACUGCCCAGUGAGGUGGCACUCCGGAGAAUGGUCCAAGUGCUCCAAGACUUGUGGAGGGGGGAUAAAGCAGAGAGACGUGGAAUGCAAACAAAUAAUGGCCCAAUCCCACGUGGUGGAGAGACCAGCCUCGCUCUGCAGUUCCCCCCGGCCGGCGAGCACCAAGUCCUGCAACUCCAGACCCUGUCUGCUGGACACGGCUUCACCGGAGAUAUCGCUGGCUAACAGCUCGUAUAUACAGCAUGACCCGAAGAAGAAAAAGGUGACAGUAAAGGUAGGAGGGUCGGCAACAAUAUUCUAUGGUACUCAAGUCAAAAUCAAAUGUCCAGUGAAAGGGUACAAUAGGACCAAAAUACAAUGGGCCAAGGACCAUCAGAUCAUUAGCAAGUCCAAGAAGUAUAAGAUUUCCAGGAAGGGUGCCCUCCGCAUAAACUCGCUCUCCCUCCGCGACCACGGAGUCUACACCUGCGUAGCCGGCAGGUCCAGUGCUAACCUGACGCUGCUAGUCAAGCCGAGACCUGGAGAGUUUCCCUCCAGCGAGGAGAUUGAGAGGCACAAGGCGCUGGAUGAGCCGUCCUCACCGCUGUCUGAUAGCAGAGCGGACGGUCGAUAUAGAGCCAUGAUCGGCUCUGAUGACCAGUCGCAUGAACAGCGGCCGGGGGACUCCAGGAAGAAUUAUAAGAAUAGGCAGAAAGGUAAAAUCGACAAAGUUCGAGACGCUCUCUACGGCAACACGGCCACCACGAGUACUAAAGCAUCGCCCAGCUUCAACUCGCAAGAACGAGAUAUGUAUGAUGAACACGAGAAGAGUGCCGUAUCCUCCCAGAUGCUACCGCCCAAGCGCAGCAGUGCCUCCCGGCUACUGCCCUGCCUCCAUUAUAUUGUAAUGCAGCUUCAGAUGUUUUGGAAUUUCCAGGGUCUUGGAAACUCGAGGGGUCAACGGACCGUUGACUCCAUCAUAAUGUACCAAAACUAUGGAGUUCCUGCCAAAACUCACGUUAUCAAUAUGGAAGACAAGCAGAUUGUGUUCCCAGAAGAUGAUGACUCUGAUAUCAUUAUUGUUAACGAGGAUUAUAAUAGAAACGUUAUCAGGGAUAUACCUGUUGAGAGUCUUAAAGAUUUUGGGGAAACCACUACGGAGCGAAGGCUAGAAGCUGUGGAUGCCCACGAAUACGUGUGGAUGACCACUGAUUGGUCUCCAUGCAGCGCACUCUGUGGUCAAACUGGCCAUCAAGUCAGAGGGGCUGUUUGUCAGCACAAGACAGAAAACAGCACCAUAACAGUGGAGACUGAGGAGUGUCUGUCUCGGGGAGCUGCCGGGCCCAGCGUGCUUCGGGAGUGCACGGGACAGCGCUGCGCCGGCUGGCGGGCCGCGCCCUGGUCUGCGCCCAAGUGUCUCAGCACUGGAGCUGCCAUCAUCAGGCGUCGCGUGGAAUGCGUGUCGGAAAACGGCACGACGCUGCUGGAGACGUCGUGUGACGUCACUACUAGGCCGGAGAAGGUCAGGAAUGACGCCAGCCCUUGCAGAGCCACGUGGGCUGUUGGUCCUUGGAGUAAGUGCGUAGGCGCAUGCUCGUCGGUGGGCCGGCAGCACCGUGCGCUGCGUUGCGUAUGGCGGGCGGCGGGCGCGAGACGCCGCAAGGAGCGCAGUGCGGCGACCGCGUGCGAGGGCCUCAAGCGCCCCGGAGUCACGAGACCUUGUCAGGUGCACGCGUGUCUUCAUAAAGAUGGCACCUGUCGGGACAGUUCCCGGUUCUGCGAGAACGUAAGAGCGAUGAACAUGUGCGCUCUCAAACGCUAUAGAGAGCAAUGCUGCAAAACUUGCUCCGAUUGAACGGAACGCAACGAGUUCGUAAUUAGAACGCUCUCGUUUCAAAUAGCGCGCGAAUAUGAGUGACGGGGAUUCGAAAAUGGAAUGACAUGUUCGUUUUUUUUUUUUCAAUAUGCCUGUCGGUCUUGGGGAGGAAUUUAAAAAAGAAGAAAUAAUACCGACAUUUAUAAUAUACCUAAAACCUUCUAAUACUAUGCUAGAAACCGUUUGAUCAAACGUGAGAUAAUACGAUCAAAAUGUACAAGCAUACACACAUACCUACAGGUAUGUGGUAAACUGACAACCUCUUUUUUGGAGUCGGUAAAAAAUUAGAGUAAACAACAAAUUAAAUAACUCCACUGUUAAAUUACAAGCAAACCAACACUAAUCCUAUUACUAAUUUGACAGUUCGAAAUAAUUGCAUUAUGCUCCGUACUGCUCUAACUCGUACAGUUAAAGUAGAUGGAACACUAAUUUCACCAUUUCCAACCAAAAUCAACGCUAUUGUUUAAGAUAAUUAUAAUUCGGAAUUCAACUACAGAUAGUGCAAUAUUUCACGAGCUCGAUUCAAACUACUGAAUUAUUAAUAAGUGAAAUGUUGUCAUCCAGCGAGGCGCUUUUCGAAUUCAAACGGGUUUCAUUGCGGAAUGGCCGCCAUUUGCAAUUUCCCACUAAUCCUGUCAUUUACGUUAUUAAAUUAAAUUGGUAAAUAAAUAUAUUAUUCUACAAUGAUAAUAGCUUUUUUGUCCGUUUUCUUGGCGGAUUUUUUACAUCUAAAAUCAAUUCAGCUGUUUAACAGAGGAGUUCUUAAAUACGGUCAAAGUACUUAAUUAAAUACAACUAAGUAUUUGAGAAAAAAUAUUAAAAUGCAGUCUGAAAGUGUUUCAUUUCUAAAUUAUCUAGGUAUAAAAGAUGGUAGUAACAUUUUCAGAAAUAAAGAAAAAAAAAAAAAAAAACAAAAAGUCUUCUAGAUUGAACUGCGAACGAAUGAAUGGAAUUCUCCGUCACUCAGAUUUGAAUGAACGCUUUCCAGUGACAUUCGGAAUGAACUUUUUAAUAAUGGGUAAGGACAGAUUGUGAAGUGAUGUAACGGAAUGCUGUUUCUUUUUAAACCUACAUACAAAAUGAGUAAAAUUGUUACUGUAUUAAAUUAAAAUAGCAAAAGUUUUAAUUCCAAACAGUGCGUAAAAAAUGUACCUCGCGAAUUAUUUUCAAGAAUUUCAGCCAAGUAUUAAAAUAAAAAUAUAACAUUGUUAGUGCUGUUUCUGAAAAAUAUGAAACUAAUGAAUUUAUGAAUUUAAAAUUUGAGAAAAAUUGCAAUCUCUUUGGAGAUCUGAAAGUAGAGUUAAGAACAGAUAGAUAGUUUACAAGCGGGUGUGAAAGAGAAAGCUAUAUGUAAGCACGAUAGAUUUAGUCGUGAAGCACAGCUAACCAAACAAAAUGGUUCAUAAUGAAUAUUUAUAAAAAUGUAAAUUAUUUCAAAGUUAUAGCCCUCGAAUUGAUUAUGUAAGUAGUAAACAAAAUAUUUAGAAAAAAUGUUUUGUACUAUAUACAAUUAAUGUAAAUAUAUAUUAUUGAAUAUUAUUAUUAUUGAGCACCCUACGCUACGCUUGCUCCUAUAAUAUGAUAAAGCACAAAGUUAAUAAUUUAAUCAAUAAAAAUUAGGGAAAGAAAUAUUUAGCAAAAAUUGCCAAAAGAAAAAACAAGAGUGUAUGUAACGUACAGUCAUGUUACAAAGUGCUAUUUAAUUUUGUUUAUAUAUUUUUUUCUUCUAUGUCGUAGAUAGAUUUGUUUUUUAGAAAUAAAAAUGUAUGUAUAUUGGACAUAUUAAAAUAAUGAUGUAGGAAAAAUAAUUAUUUCUGAUGAAAAAAAUUAUAAGCAAUACGAUUCGCUGAAAUACAUUUAAAAAUGUAAAUAUUUAUGCGAUUGUUUAAAAGAUGUUGAGCCCAUUCGUAGAUUGGGUUUUAGUGGAAUUUCAUAGUUUCAUUAUAAUUUACUUAUUUAGUAAGGUCACAGAUAUAGGUAAAACAAUUCUGGGUUUUCUAGUUCUUGUUGUUUGUCUGUGUUUCAGCUCACCCUAGAAGGGCGAAGCGUGAAAUACGUUUUUAUUAAAGCACGGUGCAGUAUUAUGAAUUACGAAGUAUAUAAUUAUGUUUAGAUAAACAAUUUAUUGUCAAUUGUUAGUGGCAUUAUCCAAUUUGUAUAUAAUUGAAACUACAUAGCUAUGCAAAUAUUGUUCCAAAGUUGGUCGUGUUAUUUACUUGUGGGUUUUCAUUUACCAAUGUUAUUUAAAAAUCAAAAACUAAAAACGGUCAAAUAAUUAUUUUUAGUCAACAAUUUAAGUAAAAUCAUGACCAAAGAAUAACAUGAACAAAAUCAAAACCCAAUAGUAAAUUAAGUUACAAAGGCUCACGAAUUCUCUAAGACGUAAUGUUUUAGUUUAAGUACGCAACUUCCCUUAUAUUUAAGAACUUUAAAAUGAAUAUUGACGUAAUAACUAAACGCUUAAAAGGAGUAUUUUUAUUUCUACUUUACCCUUAAUAAAAUCUACAAUGUUACUUUCUUAUUAUAUUGUAAUUUUAACGAGUUCAUUUACCUAUAUUAGAAAAAUAUUAGACAGCUUUAUUUUUUGUGAAAGCUCAUGUAUUAAAAAUACUUCAUAUCAAUAAAGUACUGCCAUUUUUACGAGAGGUUUUUACUUUUGUCGCCGAGUGUACUUGCCUAAUACUUUUAUCUUAAGCCUAUUGUCUGCGUUGACAUUAUCAUUAGAUUCACUCUAAAAGGAUUCGGACAACUUACAUCGUACCUUUUUUAGCUUUUAAAAAGGUGAAUUGAAUUGAAAAUAAUUUAGAAAAACCCCAAUCUCUGUCACUUUAAAGGGAUUUUUGGUAAUUUAAAAAUUUCAUUCAAAGAAAAGUAAAAAAAAUAACAGCGAAAAUUCCUUUGACAUUACAUAUUAAAUUAAAAAUUCUAGCAUGCAAUCUCAUAGUCAGUUACGAUAACAUCUAGAUUUGUCAAAGUAGAUAAUAAGCUAAGAACACCACAUGCGCGGAGUACGAAUAAUUUCGUCCCACAAAACAAUGUCCGUGCAUGUUGUGAAUGUGAGUGCAAUAUACAUAACCGCGCAGGUGUAACAGAGACAGGAGAAAUAGGUCAAUGUCCGCAAUUCUUCGUGCUCCGCGCGCGUAGUACGAAUAUAUCCGAUAUCAUAAUACUUUACAAUCAAUCUAUCAUUAUGUUUUGCGUACUAACUGUAUUGUGUAAACUUAAAAAUAAAUAUUAACAAUGUAACAAUUAUAAUUUGUAAGUCUCAGAGAAUAAGUCCAAAUUGUACAUUGUACCAAGAAUUUUCAAAUAAAAAAUAUAUUAUAUGAAUAAGUUACUCA